AGAGCAUAAAAAAGUACAACCAGCCUAAGCACACCACUCAAUGUAGACGACAUUUCCUCUAUUUACAGUACACACGGACUCUUUUUGGUCAGAGAGCUUGGACUCCUUUUUGAGGAUUAACCCUUGGUGUGGACCUUCUUCAAAAAUGUCUAUCAGUGAUGGUAGUACAGACCCACUGCUAGCCAGGUUUAAAGUUCUUGAGGAGACUGUGGAUAAACUUCACAGGGAAAACAGGUCUCUGAAGACGAAGGUGCAGAGUUACAAUACGCUGAGCACUUUUUACCACGAAGCCAGGCAGCAGAACAAGAACCUUAACAAGCAGCUGGCUGAGAAGGAAGCCUUAAUCCAACAGCUGAGAACCAGCCAGAAAACUUCUACUGCUGCUGCUGCUGCGGAACAUCACGUGGAGCCUCCUCAAUCGCUGAUCGAGGGUUUAAUGGAAGAGCUGAACAGAAUCAUGAGUGAACGCCGUGAAACGGAGAGGAUUUAUCAGGAACAAGUGGAAAACCUCAAUCAGGAAAAUAAAAAACUUCACAAAGUGUUGGAGGAGAGAGACCAUGAUAUAGAGAAGGUAUCCAGUUGGCCUCAGCAGGAGAAAGAUAUGGAGCUACUCCGCCUUCAAAGAUCCCUUGCUGAAAAGGAGAGAGUACAGGCUACUAGUGAAGUCCUGUGCCGAUCUCUUUCUGAUGAAACCCACCAGCUUCGACGAAAGCUGGCUGCCACAGCAGAGAUGUGCCAACAACUCGUCAAGUGUCUUGAGGUGACUCGUGAAAAAGGCAACUUGAAUUCAGAAGAACGUCUCACCCAGAAUCAAAACGAUGACGCUGCCUUGAGAAAGUUACAGGAAGAAAACCGGCUAUUAAAACAGAAAGUAGUGCAUGUUGAAGACUUAAAUGCAAAGUGGCAAAAGUAUGACACCAGCAGGGAGGACUAUGUCAAGGGUCUACACCAGCAACUAAAGGAGAUGAAGGGCCAAUCUGAUCACCCCAAGGCUUCACACACAACACACAAACACCCAGAACUUUUACAAAAAGAGAUCUGCAGGCUGAACAGGUUGUUGGAAGAUAAAAUAAAGGAAAAUACCAAACUCCAACAAGAAGCUUCUGAAAUUGUCCACGCAAGGAUUGUUGACCGGGAGAGAAUCCAGAUGCUGGAGCAGCAGUUACUUGUUUACAAAGACGAUUUCACGUCAGAGCGAGCAGAUAGGGAAAGAGCACAAAGCCGGAUACAGGAGCUGGUGGAUGAAAUUUCUGCUUUGCAGAGACAUGGGAGACGACAGGAUGACAGAGAAUCUGCUGUUAAACGUAACAAAACGCAUGUGAAGAAAAAUGUAGGCGACCCUCAGGUUGGUCUGAAUGUAGAACCUGCAGAAAACAGAAGACAGACAUCCCCUGCAGGCCGUCCAGAUCACCAGAGGAGCCCCAGCUCUGAACAUCGAGUGCAAGAUGAACUCCAGUGUCCUCGGUGCCUCAGAGUCUUUCAGGACAGAUUAGGAGAAAACUUUUUAGAACAUAUCUCUGAAUGCUGUCAGUGACUGUUGCUCUUUAACUAUCAUUAUAACCACUACAUGGCAUAGGUUGUAUCAUACCUGUGUCAAAUAUGCUGCUAUCUUCCUUGGCUUUAGGGUAGAGGGUCAGUCUAAGGAGAAUUGGUGUGGGAGUAUUAAUGGCCUUUUUUGUCUAUUUCACUGCCUGGUGAUGGCCACCACUUUUACAGGUUGGCAUAAAAUAUGCUGACAGCUUUCAGACUGACAUUAAUCUUGAACGAGUGGCUUGGAAGAGUAAUUUGGACUGGAAAAAAGGACUCUUUGAGCUGUGGGUGCAACCUAAGUGCUGUAUUUAUAGCUGCGAGAAGAAGUAUACUGUGACAUAUUAUUAUCCUGGAGCUCUUGAAGUUCAUAUUGAGUGAAGUCAAAAAUUUACUUGAUGCACAGGAUUAUGUAGGUGAGAACCUAUAGGGGGUAGGGUCUGAGAGCCAUUCUAGGAGAAAAAUGAGGUGACCCAUGGGCUGGUCCAUCUCAUUCCCAGUUAGACCACCUUGAGCCGAGCCACCAUAGCAGUAUCAGGGCUGUAACCAUGAAGGAACAUGCUUAGAAAAUCCUCAUUUUUUAAGAUGCAGAGUAGAGAACUGUGUGCAGUUUACAAUACGUUUUCUUGGACCUGUUUGGUAAUAUUUUACUUUGCUCAAUUAUAGCAGAGUUCUCUAGGGUAUAAGGCUGUGGUGGAUCUUCCUUUGUGCAACUAUAUGGUCGCUCUGUUACACUGUAUCUCCAUGCAUUUCCAUAAAGACAUGUUGUCAUGGUCCUCCUUAAGACAACGAUGCAGAGGGGAAAUUAUGACGAAAGCACUUAAUGCGUAAAUGGUUUUGUAAGCGCAAAGGUCACUUUUAUUGUGAGUCGAAAUCAUGUUUACAUUCAAUAGGACCACUCAGGUUUACAGUAGAUGGAAUCUCAAUGCACUGAGACACGUCACGGUAGAAUAUGUGAUAUGUCAGACGAAGCAGAAUUGUUAAUAUUUAUUUGUUAUGGUGCAAUAUAGUCAAUAUCUAGUGAUACGGUUGCCAAACUAAAUGUGUAGAGAUUCAUAUAAUAUCCGGUGACAACCAAAAUUAAAGGGAAGCUCCACUUUUGAUUAAAACAGUUUUCUUACUGUGCCGUCCUUGCGAUCACCAUGGUUCUGGGGGCUUUAUGUUCCUACUGUGGACUUAAAACCUUUAGCUUUGUAUUAUCAGAAAAUGUAAAAUCUAACAUAGUUGGGAUAUAUUUUUGCUCCUUUAACUUAUAUAUUUGGGUUAAGUGUCGGUAACUUGUUAAUAUAAUACUGUAAUUUGGGUCUGAUUGACUAAUUAGCACCUUAAUAACCCCUACUGUCCUGCUUGUUCACAUAUAAAGGCAGGUAUGGUAUUGGUAUCGUAUGGUCUUCUUAUGUGUUAAUGACCAAUGCUGCCUUGAAUAUAUGGAGCUAUUCUGCUUUUGAGGCAGAAAAAUAGAAAAAAGGGACACAAAGACGGUGGAGAAAGCUGGAGCUUCACUUUAACCAAUCCACAAUUACUCUAAUUGCUGGUGUUGUUAAAGAUAAAGUAAUUGCCUCUAGAUUAGUAUUCUGUAUGUCAUAGUCCUUAAAGUGUUGAGCGUGUCACCAUAUCAUAAAGUACAUCCUUAAAAGCUGGUUACAAAAUUGGAAAAUAUGACUCUGCUGCUAAAGGGUCCGAGACCCCCAUGUAUCAUUACCAGGUCAGAAUGACUUAUUCACCUAACUGGUUUGAACUGAUUUCUGGAACACAUUUUUUUGGUAUUUAAUUCAAUUGAGAUUUAUUUUUUUAUAUAAAAUUGCACUGAAUAUUUCCAUUUUUAAUUUAUUGGGUUACUUGUUUGCACAUUUGUGUAUUUUCUUCAUAUUUAUUUAUUCUGAUAAAGUUGACAUCAAAAUCUUAUUUUUGUAAUAAAAUGAAUUCUUGCAACACUAA